AUGGAGACUGUGCUGCUGGAGCACUUCGCCGGAGGGCUGGACUCGUUCUCCUCGCCCCCGUAUUUCGACGAGGAGGACUUCUUUCCCGAGCCGCCCUCUCGGGACGCGCUGACAGCCGACGGUCUGCUGGAGCCGGACGUGGACUUCCUCAGCCGGCAGCUGCAGGAGUACUACCGCGACGGCGGCGACCUCGAGGGCGGCUACCGCUGCCCGCAGCCGGCCGCCACCUUCCCGCCGUCGCCCGCCUCGCCCGGCUUCGCCUACGAGUGCUGCGGGGCGGCGGGCGCGGCGCUGCUGUCCCCUGGGGGGAGGCUUCAGGCGCUGGGCUCAGCCAAGAGGCGGCGGCGGGUGCGCUCCGAGGCGGAGCUGCAGCAGCUCCGGCAAGCCGCCAACGUGCGGGAGCGGCGGCGGAUGCAGUCCAUCAACGACGCCUUCGAGGGACUGCGCUCGCACAUCCCCACCCUCCCCUACGAGAAGCGGCUCUCCAAGGUGGACACACUCCGCCUGGCCAUCGGCUACAUCAACUUCCUCAGCGAGCUGGUGCAGUCCGACCUGCCGCUGCGCAGUGCCAGCAGUGAGAGCCCCAGCCAGCCCAAGAAAAUAAUCAUCUGCCACCGCGGCACAAGAUCUCCCUCCCCUAGCGACCCCGACUACGGACUCCCCCCUCUGGCCGGUCACUCGCUGUCGUGGACUGAUGAAAAGCAACUCAAAGAACAAAACAUCAUCCGGACAGCCAAAGUGUGGACCCCCGAGGACCCGCGGAAGGUGAACAGCAAACCCUCCCUCAACGAUAUCGAGAACGAGCCUCCCUUUGACUUCGUGGCGUGA